AUGUUCAUCAAUACGCUACUUGAAUCUGAUUACGGAUUAGAAUGUCAAUUCGGUGAUGAUCUGAUAGGUGAAGAAAUAAAAGGUCUAGAUUUACGAUUUCAUUAUAAAGGGAGGUGGCAAAGCUUGGAUGGUAUUGAAACAAUUGACUUUAUAAUUCGAAAAAAUCCACCAUUUGAUCUGGUAUUAGGACAAGAUUGGUUAUGGAUACAUAAAGCAAAAAUAGAUGGUAUGAGUAUUCCGAUCAAAAACGAUUUUAACAAAGUCAGCUCUAGUAAAAAUAAAUCAUUAGACCAUUCUGAUUCUAGAACAGAGACCGAUUCAUCAGAAUCCAAUUCUUACAAUUGUCCUCAAAAGAAGAAGAGCAAAGCUGACCAUUAUACGACUGCCUCUGGUGAGAGUAAACUUGGCCUAAAAUUGGAGGAGCUUACGAAUAUGAUUAAGAAAUCUCUUUCUGAUGCCGAAGAUAAUAUGCACAUGACUGUAUCUGCAAAGAAACACCCUAUUCGAAAGCGUAAAGUGAAGGGUAAAAUUAGCUGGAGGUUGGCAAAUGCCUAA